UUUGACAGUUUGGAAUUUUAAUUUCCCUUCCCUUCUCGUCUAAAGUAUUGAUUUAUCCUAAAAUUGCAAGUUUUGGAUUAUUUAUAUCAAAAUACAUAACAAUAUGAGUGCGAACACAGGAGAACAACUAACACUAGCACGAGAUAUCAAAAGAGCCAUUGAGCUGCUCGAAAAACUACAACAAAGUGGUGAAGUCCCAGCUACGAAGUUAGCAGCUUUACAAAAGGUAUUGCAAAGCGACUUUUUAAACGCUGUCAGGGAAGUCUACGAGCAUGUUUACGAGACUGUAGACAUUCAGGGCUCCGCAGAUAUCCGUGCAUCCGCCACUGCGAAAGCAACCGUGGCUGCUUUCGCUGCCGCAGAAGGUCAUGCCCAUCCUCGAGUGGUUGAGUUACCUAAGACUGAAGAAGGGCUUGGAUUCAACGUAAUGGGUGGUAAAGAGCAAAAUUCUCCUAUAUAUAUUUCGAGAAUCAUCCCCGGAGGAGUCGCAGACCGCCAUGGAGGUUUGAAGAGAGGUGACCAGUUACUCUCUGUCAAUGGAGUCUCUGUAGAAGGUGAAAACCAUGAAAAGGCUGUUGAAUUGCUGAAACAGGCUGUUGGAUCUGUCAAGCUUGUGGUUCGUUACACUCCAAAAGUAUUGGAAGAAAUGGAAAUGAGGUUUGACAAGCAGAGAACUGCCAGGCGGCGCCCAAACUAUAACUAAUUUGUUUAUAUCAUAUUAUUGUCAAAGCACAGAAAAUGAGAUAAAUGAUGAACAAUGACAGUAAAUUGUGUGCAAGCAGAAACUAUUUUAUGUUGUCUAGACUACUUUUUUCUUGCAUAUAGUUCUUUUUCUUGGAGUUGAGCAGAUCAAAAGUCCUUGUAUGACUUUGGUCAUUUAUGGUCUAUUAUGAUUGCCACUAACUAGAUUUCCCCUUUAUCAUGGCAUGCGAGCUGCAGCACCAAUUUCUUGAAUUAAACCUUAUUUACCUGUAAAAACUGCCUUUGAUGUAGGUAGAUAUUUGAUGUAUGAUGUAUUUAAUUAACUUGGGAAUAUAUGUUUUCUCAUGUUAAGUGUAAUCUUACAUACACUGUAUCAUGUCUUAUUGAUUGUUCAAUCCUCUAUUGGUAACUAAAGAGUAAUGAUUUAUUAUAAAUGUUUAAAAUUAGGUUAGAAAUAUGUACUUAUACUAUUUAUUCUUUUUACUUUAUUGAUGUGAUAGAAAUGUAUUAUUUGAUUGUAUUAAAAUAAUGGUUAAUUGUGCAUGUUAUGUAAAUAAGAAUCAAAUUGUUAUCAUUAUAAAUAAUAUUCCAACACUUAUAUUAUUAGAUUCACUAAGUCAUAGUCUUAGAAAUGUAGGUUGUAGAUUUUAAAGUAACCACAGAGUCAAAAAUACUUCAAAUGCAUGUUUUAUAAUGUAACUAGCAGACACCCGCGACAAAUUCAGUUAUUCACAAACCCCACGGGAGCCAUGGAUUUUUCCAAGAUGUAAAGUAAAUUUGUUAAUCCAGAAUAAAAAGUAUUUCCAUUCCAAAUUUCAGCCAAAUCGCUUCAGUAGUAGCGGCGUCCAUUCAAACAAACAUCCAUUCAACCUUUUGUGUUUAUUAUAUUUGUAGGGUAUAUGGAUAUAAUUUAUAAAGGAUCAGUUUAAUAAAAAUUAUACAUACAAUUAGUAUUGUGCAAAUGCAUCACUGCCACACACAGUUAAUUUUCUUAAAAUGGCUUAAUAUAACAAUUUUUUUCAAUAGAUUUAACAACUAUGUAUUCCUAUUUUCUAUAGAAAAGUUUUUGUUAUAGGAAAUAAUUUAAAAGCAACAGUAUCUUGUACCGAAUCAUAAAUCUAUGAUUAAAGAUAAUCCAAAACGAUGUUUUUUACAAUAAGUAGAUAUGAUUUAUAAGAAAGACAGUUUUAUGCACGUAUACUCCUACAAGUAUGUCUGUACUACAGCGAGUCGUCACAGGGAUUCGCUGGAUGCAGGUGGCUUAGUAUUGUGAUGUUUGCAAGUCCCUACAAAAGGCUUAUGUCUUGUAGUGGACGUCCAUCAGCUGAUAUGAUGCUGAUGAUAAUGACUCCUACAAGUACUAUUGUGCAAAUGGCUCGUUUACAUUUUUCAGUUGUCUGAGCAACUAUGUAGAAGUUUUUGAAAUAGGCAAUCAUUUAAAAGUUUUAGCUCAAAAAGCUAUUUUAGGUGGUUGUGUUAUUUUAAAAGCCAUUUCAAAAAAUUAUAAUCUGAUAAUUAUCCCAAAAACUACCUAUGCACCAUAAAAUUUGUUAAAUAUAAGAGUAUCAAAUAAAACAUGAAAUCUUA